AUGGCAGCAAAAGAUGGAGCGAAGGAGAAAGAGAAAGACAAAGAAAAAGAUGAAAAGAAAGAAAAGGAGAAAGAUGGUGGAGUAAUCAAUGCUGUUUACAAAGUCAACCUGCACUGCCGGCAGUGUGGACGUGAGAUCAAGAAGCCACUUAUGGCUACCCAAGGGGUUCACAAUGUGGAGGUAGAUAUGGAGAAAGGAGAGAUAAAGGCAAAGGGCGUUUUCGACCCAGUACAAAUUCAGAAACGGCUAGAGAAGCUUUGCAAGAAGAAGAUUGAGUUGGUAUCACCCAAAAUUCCGAUCAAGGAAACCCCCGUUAUAGAUAAAAAAAUAGUGAAGGAACCAAAAGAAUAUGGUUGA